AUUAGACGCUAAUCGUGUUAUCGUCAGGGAUUGUUUCUGUUAAGCUAAUGCUAACAGGCUAAUGGAGAAGGUGCGGAAGGUUCUGGUUCAUUUAUCCAGAGAUGACGCGGUGCCGCAGUGCGCUCGGUUUGUACAGAGCAUUACUCGACACUUGAACGGGAAUUCUGAGGACCAGGCGACGGUCACGUGUUCCCUGGAGAAUAACCGCUUCAUACUGUGUGAGGGGAAUCGGGAAGGGGGCGUGACUCUUCAGGCGGCGCCGUUCUGUCCCAUCAAAUUGCUCUCUCCCUCAGAGGAGGCCUCCAUACCCCCUCAUACCCUGAAUCGAGGGGUGGACUUGGGUGUGGCCGUCCUGCUGCAGUCAGCCAAUCAUAAACUGUUGCUGACCAGGCGUGCUUCGUCUCUCAGGAUCUUUCCGAAUGUUUGGGUUCCGCCCGGUGGUCACGUGGAACUGGAUGAAAAGCUGUUGGAUGCAGGCCUGAGGGAGCUCAGGGAGGAGACUGGAAUUAAAAUCGACCCAGAAGACAUCCUGUCCUCUGCGUUGCUGGGCCUGUGGGAGUCCGUGUACCCGCCCCUGCUGUCCCGAGGACUGCCGCAGAGACAUCACAUCGUCACCUACAUGCUGCUCUCCACUCACCUCACACACCUGCAGCUACAGUCCAGUCUGCGGCCCGAACCCGCCGAGGUGAGUGCGUGCGUGUGGGUGGAUGCAGAUCUGGUCAGGACGAUCGUAUCUGCUGUGGAUGGAGAGGAAGAGUCUCCUAACGUACCUGCUGAUGUUCCUCAGACCGUUAGUGUUACCGAGGUGUCUCUUGAUGGGAAGCUGACUGAAUCCACACUACCUCUAUCAGUGUUUUGUAACCGGGCUCCAGCGGAGGGCGAGGACGUGGAACGGGUCAGCACUGGAACUAAAUACGCCCUACAACUCUGGCUUAACACCCUGGAGGAUCAUUUCUAAUAACAUUUUUAAUCAUUACCACCACUGAUCAUCUGCAUAUGAGCCAAAAUGUGUGUUUUUAUCAACACAACCUCCCAAAACUGUGCAGGGAAGUGGCUGUUUCAUCACAGUCGUGCAUGUGAUGGUUAGGGAAGCAUUAAACGUCGGGCUGAUGGAGGUUCCUCGUAGUUCACGUGUUGAAUGCAGCAGAUCUGAUCGGAUCAGAGGGUCCAAGUAGGGUCGAGUUAUGAGCGUCCGUCUAAUUUCUUUUGUGCGUUCUCUAUUGUCGAUGUUGGUGAAUGACAUAAAGGGGGAUUUGUGUUACCCUGUAUUCAUACCCCAUUUAAACAGAUAGUCACCUUUCAGGUUUACCUAAUAGGAAAUAAAAUAUUCACUGGAACACA